AUGGAUUGCUUUGUUGGUGCAUCGACAGGUGCUUUGAAAAGUAUUUCUUUCAAGGACAGUACCUUCAGAAAUGUAAACCAGAUUCUUUCACUAAAGCCAAAGCAAGAUGAAAUAACUUGUAUGAGCUGGACGAGUGAGGAUCAAACAGAAUUACUAACGGUCCAAAUGGAUAAGCAACUGAGAUUGUUUGAUAUAGCUUCAAAUGAAUACACGACACUCUUCACUUUGGGCAACGGCAGCGGUGCUGUUAAAGGGGUCAAAAAGACUGCAAUGGGUACAUAUAUAUCAGCAGUUGAGUCUGGCGAACUUUCUGUCUCUUCACCAUCUGGAGAAAUAGUUAAAGAGUUGGACGCAGGAAAUAACCUGAUUGUGAUGGUACCCAACUGUGAACAAGAAGGACAUUACGCAACUGGUGGUAAAGAGAAUCCCUUAAAAAUAUGGGAUAUUGAAAAAGGCGAAAAAAUUUUUACUGCCAAAAAUGUGCGACCAGAUGAACUGCAGCUUAGAGUACCAAUAUGGGUUAAUGACAUACGAUUUAUACCGAAAUCGCAAAACAUUGUAACAAUCACUGAGUUGCAAGAAGUGAUCGGUAAUAAUUUAGUCGUUGUCACUAAUUUGAAUCCUGAAUUACAGAUAAGACUUUAUGAUCCUCGUACACAGCGGAGACCGAUAAAGGAGAUGAAGUGGGCAGAGGAGCCGCUCACGGCAAUGUCUUUGUGUCGAAACGAAAUGCAGAUAGUUGCGGGCAAUACUCGUGGUGAUAUAGGCUUAUUUGAUUUACGAAACAAAAUGCAUAUGGUAUGUAAGUAUAAGGGUUGUACCGGUUGUAUCAGUGGAAUUGAUGCGCAUCAAUCAGCUGAAUAUAUCGCUUCGUGUUCCCUUGAUCGUUUUGUUAGACUGCAUGAAUUGAACUCAAAGAAGCUUGUCAAAAAGAUUUACUGCAAAGCUCGUUUGAAUCGAAUUUUACUGCGUGAUAAACUUUCCAUCUUUAAUAACGAUGAUGAUAGUAAUGAAGACAUGGAAAAUGAUGAUUGGCAAAAAAUUGAGGAAGGUGAUAACAAUGAAAGUAGUGAGGACGAAGCUUUAUGGAAUGACAUGAAACAGAAUAAAGAAAGACAAAUGAAGAGGAAAUUGAGGGAAAACGAUCUGAAGGAAGUGAUCAAGAAACCAAAGUCUACAAAAAAAGGAAAACGGAAACAUGAUGCUAUAAAGUUGGACACUUCAAAACGAAAGAAGUUGACAACAGGGGUGAAGAGGAAAAGCGAAAGUGCCGAUGAGAUUGCAACCAUGCUCCCAUUAAAAAAAUCAAUCCAAAUCACUUAG